UGCCGGGUCACAGCCGAGGCUUUAGUUAUUAAAGUGAUCCAUUGAUCGCAGAAAUACGAGGUUGGAUGGGGAGGAGGAGUGGCGCGGAUUAAAAGUAUUUUUACCACAAAGCCACGUAUCCCCGGCGCUCAUCUGAAACCGAGAGGUGGGCGAGAGGAUGAACGGAGGGAGGAGGGAGGACGGUCGCGAGCGACAGAUUGAAGGGGAUAGAACGGAGGCAGAGAACCCGGCCGCCACCAGGCGCGUUUAGUGUUUCUCAGUCGGCCGUCGACACCGGUCCGCCUGUUCCCUCCUCCGCGGCGCUGUGUUCUCCGAGGCCUCCGAGGCCUCCCAGCAUGAAGCAGGCGCCAUGGGCUUUCUGGAAAACUACCAGGAGAUCGACCCCGUCACUUUGAACCUUUGCAUCCUCAUCGCCAGCUACGUUAUCUUGCUCCUGGUCUUCCUGAUAUCGUGUAUCAUGUACGACUGCCGGGGCAAAGAUCCCACGAAGGAGUACGCCCCGGAUCCGCAGCCGACCCAGUCGCCCAUCAGGCUGGUGGUGAUGCAGAGCUCUCCGGCGCCGGUGGGACGCUGGGACACGACCAACAUGAUCACGACGUUCCACGAGCCGACGCACGCCGACUUCGGGGAGAAGAAGAGCACGAUGGUCUGA